GGGGUGGAACCAAGUGACGGUGCUCGGAGGAGGAGGUGGAACCAAGGGACGGUGCUCGGAGGUGGGUGGGAGGUGAAACCAAGGGACAGUGCUCGGAGGUGGGUGGGAGGUGAAACCAAGGGACGGUGCUCGGAGGUGAGUAGGUGGUGGAACCAAGAGACGGUGCUCGGAGGUGGGGGUAGGGCGUGGAACCAAGUGACG